AUGGAGACGACCGCUCGCGUUCAUCAGACCAAGGCGAGCUCGAGGCACCGGAGCUCUCGAGCACGCCGCAGCGCAACACCACAGCGGCACGAGCAGACGGAGGUGCGCGGCAUCGAGGAUGGGCCCACGCAAUCCGCACCGGACCAGGAGCUAGCAGAGGCGAGUGGUUCUAAAAAUAGAUCCUCCACCGCUAUUCGCACCGUACGCCGUCCGGACACGCCGGAGCACAGUGGUGGCAGCACCACGACCAAUGCGAGCAGUAGCGCCACGGGCACAUCGGUGCCGACGCAGCACUAUCACUACAGUGCGAGCGGUGACAGUGGUCCGGCCCGGAUCUCCCAAACGCCGCGCAGCAACUCGCCCACCAUGGUGACGACCGAGCUGGACGCACCCGUCAGCACGGAGGGCGACGUGGAGGUGGUGGCCGUGGAUCUGGCCAGCGGUUUGGCCGUCCUCGGCACGGUACCGGGACCAACGGAUGACAAGCUGCAGAAGGGCAUCCUCGGCUACAUGGACCGCCAGCUGAAGGUGCAAUCGUUGUCCGACCCGCAGAAGAGUCCCGCCCAGCGCAGCACGCGCAGCCGGAGCAGUCUGGAGAAAAGCCCACGGCGAAAGCGCAGCAAAUCGGAGUCGCGAAGGCGCCGGGAACGGAAAAUUCUUGCCGCCGGUGAGAUGGAGGUGCGGCAGGCGAACGAAACCUUGAUGCGAUACCUGAAGCAGUGCUCGGACUUUAACGAUGCGUCGCUGUCGGGCGAUUUGGAGAUACCGGAGCAUCUGGAGGACCGGCGGGUGCACCGGAAAACGAAAUCCCAGCGGGAGCGUAAACUUCAUCAGCUCCAACCGGAACGGGCGGGUGGCAGGACCAACGCCGACGAUCUCAUGAGCUACCAUGGGGAGAUCUACAAUCCCUUCACGCCGGUCGUUUCGCCCACGACCGAGGCGGCGGCUACGCGUAUUGAUAAGAUGUACAUACAGACUGCUAGCGGUUAUCGACCAGUUGACAAUACCUACUCGUAUCAUAAGUCUAGGGCACUAAUCGGUGGAGAUCCAGAAAGCAAUAGCCAUACAAUAAACACCUCGGUACAUCUGUCCUGUGCGGUGCAGCGUGUCUGGCAUCUGUUAUCGACCGUCUGCCAUGGGUUGCUCGGCGGUCUGGCCUUCGCCCAUCUGCUGUUGAUCUGUACGACCAAACCGUACGAUUGGGUCGAUGCCUCGAUACGCCAUUACUCAGCCUUUGCCGAGGUGUACGCCAACACGUUCUACUGCUUGGCCAUCGUUUGUAUGGUUUCAAUAUUCGAUCGGAUGGACAUUGCGUACGGAGGUGAUACGAAUAUUUCAUUCCGCUCCAUCUUCAUCAUCAUGAUCUACGUGAUGACGAUCAUACUGAGUCUGUCGGCUGGCACGAUGGACGAACGGCUCUAUGUUACUUCCACGUUAAACGUCACCGUCUGGGAAGAGGAGUUGGAAACGAACAAGGUGCUUAGCAUCUGGAAUGCGCUAUCAAUCGCACGAAGUGUUGGUGCCAUCUUUGGCUGGUUAAUCGUUGGCUUCCUACCGAACCAGGACAAUCUGUACGAUCAGCUGCUCGAGAUGGAAAAGUAUCAACUGCAGUAG